UACGCCAACAAGGAUCUUGUGAGAAAAAUCAUGCGAAGUCUCACACCCGAAUGGAGAUCAAAGGCAGAUGCAAUCUAUGAAUCCAUCAGAGUCUCAAAUGUCACCAUCGACGGGUUAAGAGGUAAUCUCAAAACUUAUGAAUCUACUAUCCUAACCCCAUCUUUGGAUGAACAAAAGAAGAAGGGAAUAGCGCUGAAAGCAACCAAGGAGACUAUGGAAGAAGCUUCAAGCGAUGACGACAAUGAAUUCGGGCUCGUCAUCAAGAAGUUCCACAAGUUCAUGAAGAAGGAAUUUGAGCAGAAGGGAAGGAAGCACGACGGUCCUCCCAAGUGCUACGGCUGUGGCGAGAUUGGCCACAUCAAGCCAAGGUGUCCAAAGGCCAAACACGGCAAGGAUAAGCCUGGCUUCAAGAAGCAAAGGGCCUACAUCUCUUGGGGUGGCGAUUCCGGCGACGAAUCAACCGACCAAGAGGAGGACGAAGCUGCAAAUCUCUACCUCAUGGCGCACGAAGAUCAAAGCGACGACGUCCAAGAGGAAGGAAUAGGUUUUGAUAAAAAUAAAGCUAAAGAUAAAGCCACCACCUAGACAAUCAUCUAAGGUUCAACAUAAGAAACCUAAAAAUGAAGAUAAUAGAAAACCUAGUCAACCGAAGGACACUAGACAACCUAGACUAAAACCUAGGAAUGAAAAUGGUCAUAGUAGACAACCUAAGAAAAAUGAUUUUGUGCAUAAAAAUGAAUUUUCUCAAAUAAGAAGAAAUAAUGCUAGAGCACCUAG